UGAAUGUCUUUACGAGGAAUACGUCUAAACACAUCAGCUCUGAGAUCUUCAACCUCUGCAGAACUUCUACAGAUUCUUUCUGUCAUUGUGAAGAAACAUCUUGAAGAAUGAGAAGCUGAUGUCUGUGUUGUUCCUGGUGCACAGACUUGAAGGGUUUUAUUUGUGUUUCAGUUGAGAAAUGCUGACUGUGACUUUUGUAUGGACAAUACAAAGGUUAGUUUAUUUUGGCAUGAUCAUAUAGGAUGAAAAUAAAUGAGUGAUUUAUGCACCAGCUUUAUACACGAGAAGAGCUUUGACAGAGCGGACGCGAUUCUCCUGCUUCUUCAUUUUCUCCUGUUAUUACGCUUACAGAAAGCUUCAAGCUCUAAGGAAUUUCCUUUUGAUGUAUUGCGUCAGUGUGAAGAAACAUCUUGAAGAAUGAGAAGCCUGAUGUGUUUGCUGUUCCUGGUGAUCUGCUCUGUGCAGAUGACUUCAAGUUCUGUCAUUUCAGUUGAUGUAGAACAAUCUAAGUGUUGUGUAGAGUUCAGUAAUGUGAAGAUUCCUGUGAAACUGGUGAAGUAUUACUACUGGACCAGCAGCAAGUGUGACAGACGCGCUAUUGUGUUUCAGACAAAAGCAGGGAGAGAGUUCUGUGUAGAUCCAGAGACCCCCUGGGUGAACGGUCAUAUUGCUAAAGUGGACAAAAGAACAACAGUCUAAAAGAAGCUACACUGUUUCUAUUUGAACUGUGCAUUUCAUAUUGUAUAUUCAAACCUUUUGUUAUUUCCAAUGUGUAUAUAUAAAGUAUUUUAUUUUUACAGAAUAAUUUAUGUGAUUGGUUUCAGUUGUUUUAAUAAAAUAUAUAUCAGUGAUAAAAAUAAUAAUAUGUAAUCAAAAUAUAGUAAUGUUUUUAUUCUCUAUUCCAUACAGGUAUAUUAAAUGUUAUUAAAGUGUGUGUGUUUAUCCAACAUCGCACCAGCAGAGGGAGCCCUCACCUGAGUACUGACUGUUUACUGCUCCCUCUGCUUCUACAGUCAUUUCCUGUUUGACAGUAUUUAACACGAGUCAGCAUGUUUGCUCAUUGUGAAGUAUUGCCAGUUAACCUGCCUUACCAAGCGCUUCUCAUUGUUAUUCUGCCUGCCUGUUCUGUGUAUGAUUUUGCCUGUCUUCAUGUUCUCGAUUGUUGUCCCUAAUAAACUUCUGCAAAUGAAUUCUAA